UGAACGUACUAGAACUUUCUUUAGGGACUGCCAAAUUCAGGCAUGUAGUGCGCAUGCGUUUUCUGGAUAUUUCCUCACGUGGAGACGGUCUCGUUCACUGUGUCAGAUCCACACUCAGCCAGGAAGGUCCCACGCCGGCGUUCAGACUGCUCACAUCCAGAAAUGGCUUUCAGAAAAUUCCUCCCACUGUUCGACCGGGUGCUAGUGGAGCGCCUCAUGGCCGAGACGGUAACGAAGGGUGGCAUCAUGCUGCCGGAGAAGUCUCAAGGCAAAGUGCUGCAGGCCACAGUGGUGGCAGUUGGACCUGGCACUGUCAACCAGAAAGGAAACAUUCAGCCGAUGAGCGUCAAGGUUGGAGAGAAAGUUCUUCUACCAGAGUACGGCGGCACUAAAGUUGUUCUGGAUGACAAGGACUACUUCCUGUUCCGUGAUGGAGAUAUCCUCGGUAAAUACGUGGAAUGAUAAAUACGUAAUAAAUACUUUUUUUUUUUGUUGUUGUUUUUGUUUUUUCUUUUUAGGUUUUGUUUUCUUUUUUGUUUGCUCGUGUAAAGUCCUGUCAUCGGUGGAGAAAAGAAAUUAAAGUUCAGUCAUGUAUGUUUUUCUUUUUUAUGUUAUUGCAAAUUGUAAAUAAUUCAACACAUUUUGUUACAAUAAUAAAUAUGACCUCUUAA